AUGGCAGUCUUCAACCCAUCAACCUGCGCCCUGAACGGAGCCUACCUCCUGCUCUGCCACCCCUCGCAGUUCCUCGACGCAGUCUCGCCGCACAAUCCCUUGAUCACGAGCCCUACCAUCUCGGUCUCGGCGCCGGUCUACAACGGGACAUUGACCGGGACCGGGGGCAGCAGCAGCGGCGGCAUGCAUGACAGCAACAACCAUGUAUUGGCAUCAGCGACAGUAGGAGAAGGCGGAGGAGGAGGAGGAGGAGGAGGAGGAGACCUCAUUCAUAUCCGUAUCCUGACAGACAUGCUGGCCAUCUUCCACAUCGUCUUCGUCUUCAACCUCGUCGUCGUCCUGCGCCUGAGGAGCAGGGACCACCGUCUCUGGCGCGUCAUGUGCAUGGGCAUGCUGCUCUCCGACGCGCUCCACAUCGCCGCCAGCGUGCGCGAGUUCGGCGGUCUGGACGCCAGCCUGGCCCUCGGGGCCUGGAGGCUGGAGGACUGGCUCAACUUUGGCCUGCUGGGCUCCAUGGCCGUCAUGAGGGCUUGCGUAGUCUUGGGCGUCGGCUUGAGAGUGGGGGGUGACAAGCUGAAUUGA